AUGCCACGUAGUAGUACUACGAUGAAGGUAUUGCUUCGUACCUCCCCCAAGCAGAACUCAGCUUGGAGCAAGCUGGUGGGUUGGCGUUAGCCUUACCAGAUUCCGAUCGAUUCGGAUGGCUUUAUGCCACGUAGUAGUACUACGAUAGAGGUAUUGCUUCGUACCUCCCCCAAGCAUAACUCGUCUUGGAGCAAGCGUGUGGGUUGGCGUUAGCCUCACCAGAUUCCGAUUAAUUCGGAUGGCUUUAUGCCACGUAGUAGUACUACGAUAGAGGUAUUGCUUCGUACCUCCCCCAAGCAUGACUCUGCUUGGAGAAAGCUGGUGAUUUGGCGUUAGCCUCACCAGAUUCUGAUCAACUCGGAUGGCUUUAUGCCAUGUAGUAGUACUACGAUGGAGGUCUUACUUGAAAGACCUCUGACCAAGCUACGCCGCUACUUGAAGCGGUUUAGUAUAGCGGGAUCACAAGGAUCCACAGAAGCAUAGCUUCUGGCCCAAGUACGGGACUUUGACGACUUCAAGACCGAUACUGGCUGUUUGGAAAACAGCUGGCUCUCCAGUGGAGAACCGAUCGGCGAGGGCGCAUGAAGUUUUUGGGAAUGAGAUACACUUCUCAGCAGAAACUGCUGUUUGUGUAUCGCCACGUGAUCUUCGAACACGUGGAAAUUUUAAAAACUUCAGUAAUGGACGCAAAAGUGGGACAGCAAUGUGAUCGUUUCGUAGUAUUUGUAUAUAAUGUAAUGGUUCUCCUUUUUUUAUCAUCGCAACAUUUCAUCAUGCUUUGUGAACAUGUGCCAAGAGAGGCGGCGCCUGAGGCACUCGCCCUCUCUAUUCAUUACAACAUCAUCUCUGGCAUGGCGCACUGCUAGCGUGCGCCACGAAAUAAAGAUUCAAGCCGAGUCGCUUAACCUCGCAAAAACAAAAAUAACGCGGAAAUGAGGGGAAUUUUUUUUCCCGCGUUACAUGGAGGUCCCGAGAACUUCCACCAUAUUCCAUCCGGUGGAAGGUGAAUUCCUGUCAUUCCCCUAUUCGAACUACGACAGACUCUCGGAUUCUGAAUUACUUUUACCGCUACACCUAUUCAUAUUCAACUAUUUCUACGAUCGGCAGUUUUCGUAUUAUCGUGUUCGGGUACGAGCGAGGCAGAAACUACUCCAAGGAAAGGACGUGAGCAGCCAGAUGAAGCAGAACUUGUGAGGCAAUUUUAACGAAAAAAAUUUGAAUUUUUAUUGAGCGUCCUUGAAUAUUGUUAAUCGAAUUAUUAUUAUUAUUGUACUCAUCCGAUGGGGGGUGGGAAAGCAAACUGUGAGAGUACCGGCCAAGAAGCCUUGAAUUUAUAGAUAUUAUUGAAUGCUAAUGAUUAUUUGGACCGAGUAGUGAAAUUGUUGAAGAAUUUUUUUCUAAAUCUACGUCAUUGUUUCUGCCGCCCGACCUAGUUUACCAAAAUGUUUAUCUUCACUUCCUUUUCAUAUCUAUCUCAUUGGCUGUUUAAGCUCAGUACCUGAUUAUUGGGUAAAUAGUGUAAACUGAGCUAAGGUUCUGAAGAGUAUUCAUCUGCCAUCGUUUUGAUAUUGUUUCUGAAUCUGUAUUUGUAACUUCAGUUGUUAGGCGAACUAGGCAAGCCAAAGUCCGGCACAUUCCAUCUGAUUUUUGUUUCACAUGUUCACCUGAGAACCAUUCUUUUAAGAUCUUGAAGCCUCGAGGACGAGACUUUCGUCGACGCCCGGGAUGUGGUGCUUUUCUUUUAAAUUGCUCUAGUAAUUUACUAUGUUAAGUAUCAUCCAUCAUUCUUUUUAAAGCCUCGGGACGAGUCUUUUGUCCAGGGGUUGGAUGUAAUGGUUCUCCUUUUUAUCAUCGCAACAUUUCAUCAUGCUUUGUGAACAUGUGCCAAGAGAGGCGGCGCCUGAGGCACUCGCCCUCUCUAUUCAUUACAACAUCACUCUGGCAUGGCGCACUGCUAGCGUGCGCCACGAAAUAAAGAUUCAAGCCGAGUCGCUUAACCUCGCAAAACAAAAUAACGCGGAAAUGAGGGGAAUUUUUUUUCCCGCGUUACAAUAUCUUAAAACUAGAAUUUUGCGCAGAUAGCCGCUAUGUGAAAUCUAUUCCCAGAAAUUAAAUUUCGAGCAAAUUUAUAAUAAAUUCUGAACCCCAAGCUAAAAACGACCUCCUAUGCAAGAUUUGAUUCACAGAGUGUGCAAUGCCCAAGCACACUGUAGAGGUUACAGUAAUUCCAGAAGUUUUUAUUAUCAGGCAAUAUACGUCUGGAGUUUCCAAUUGUGAUUGAUUCCAGAUUUCAGUACUUCUUGAACUAUCAGAAAGAGAUAAACGUGAUAUAGUUAAUGUUUCCCGACUUGAAAGGUGAGAGAGGCGAGGCAAGAGGCAGGAAGCGUAGCGUGUGCGUACGCGGUUCUUGGCACUCGUUCAAUUCGACCGCCAGCGAGCAUUCAGAGAGCUCAUUUAUCGCUCUUUUUCACUUCUUUUUUUAAAUUAUUUAUUGAUCAUGUUAAUUUGUGCAUCAAAAAAUAGUAGAAAAUACAGAGAAAGAGCGGUUGCCGAGCUUUUUAAGUAGUCGGCGGCAAUUGAAUUGAACUCGCGCCAAGGACCGCGUGUGCACGCUACGUCCCUCCCCUUUCAAGUCGGGAAACAUUGACUAUAAAUGAUACGUUGAAAAAAGGUCAAAUAUUGAAGAAAAAAAAACUCGCACUUGUCUUUUAGUUUUAUCAUUUUUGCGCUCCAUUCUCAAAAAAAAAGUUCUAUUCGGAAACACUCAAUAUCGGAAAAGCUCAGAAAUCACAAAAGCCGGUUUCUUCGUUGAUGUAAAAUUUCAAAAAUGAAAAAAUCGCACGUUUUUCAUGAUUUGAAUUGUUUAAAUCGAAAUCAGAUGAAUCCGGAUGAAAUCAGGCAAAAAUCAGAUGAAAAUUCAAAACGAGUGGAGAAGUUUCUGUCUUUCUUACAGGUACAGUCGGCAAGCAAGCAGCUCAAGUUCGACUUAAAAUCGAAAGCGAGAAGAGCUACAAGCUCGAAAGCAAGGUUUUUUUCUCGAUAAUACCAAGUUCGAUCCGAUAAAAAUUCAGCAAAACCAAAAAAGAAAUAAAAUAGAAGUCGCCAAAAACGGAUCUUUCAGCCUUAUCAUGAUGGUUGAUCCUGAAAUUUCAAAACUUAAUUGAACGGCGGUCCUGAAGCCUAUGCAAUGAAGUCAAACAAAAUUUUCCUUUUUUAGGGACAGGAAAGAAAAAAUUUCAAUGUGUUUCCGAGUUUCAGGAUAAUGGCGAAAAAUCUUUUCCUCCUAUAUUGAAUGCGGCCUCAGCAAGCUAAUACGAUGAAAAAAAAAACUGAAACUUAAUGUUUUUGAAAACCUUUUUUCAAUAAAAUGAUUGUUUAGGUCCAAUGGACAACCGCGACGAAUGUCGCCAAGCGAACGAAGGAAGGCGAAUGCCUCCCCCAGAAGACGGCGGCCAAGACCUGGUUCGUUUUCGAUUCGGCUGCACAUUUUAGAGUUCGAAAAGACUCUGAGCCAUAUAAAAUCAAUGCUUUAAUGGGAAAGAUGCUGAAACACUGAUAUAAAGAACCGCCGUUCUGGAUAUUCGCUUAAAUAAUCUUUUUCAGAAAUUUCUUUUUUUGGCAGACAAUCGGAAAAUUUGGAAGCAAAAAAGUUAACUUAUUAUAAGCCUAUUCUAUAGUCGUCAAAAUCGAACUUUGAAUCGAUUGAUGUUUUUUUGAUAUCGAACGUUGUUUUUGUGAUAUCAAUUUCAAAAUGUUUGAACUUCAACCCAAACAUUUUUUUUUUUCAAUGGUUAACCGGUUGAAAAUCGCCUGUUGAGCAUUUUCGAAACGGAGUCAACUUUUGAUAAGAGAAUGUACGAACGUCCGAUUGAACGGUUUAAGUUGACGACUAUACUAGAUUCUCUACUUCCUCAAAAAAGUUAAAAAAGUUAAAAACCUCGCUAUGUUAUGGAACUUCAAAGUUCAAACUACAAAAACGGGAAUUUUGCUUUUACAGCCGCCACCGAACCACCAGUUGGUCCUCGGGCGAUACGAGGCUCAAGAAGUAAGUUAUCUCGAUUCAAUAUUUUGGAAAGGAAUUCAUACCUAGCUGUUCCCGAAAAUCUUUUCAGAAAAAAGAGCCAACGAUUUUCGAUAUUUGAUCUUUCUGUCCACUGAGGUUUUUUUGAUACGACCUUUUUAACAGUUAAAAUAGUUAUUAAGCUUCUGAGUAUAUUUAAAAAAGGUUGAUUCCAAUUAAAAAAAUUCUUAUUCCAUUAAUUUCAUUAACCUCUUUUACAUGGCUAAAUUAUAGGUAUCGAGCUUUCUGAGCCAGAACCAACAAAACCAAGUAGGACAGCCGGCCCUCUACGAGCUCGCCGUGCACACCGAUGAGCAGGGCACACCGGUGAGAUUUUGAUGUGAUCGAAAGUUUUUCAAACAGAAAUCGUUUCUCAAGUUGGGUCUUUUUGAUGAGUGAAGAGGUUUCAACGCCUCAAUAAAUCUGCGAAAAUCUUCAAAAUGAAAUUUUUCAACUUCGUCUACGGAUGAAACUAACACUGCUUCUUUGACGAAAAAGUUCAAACCAGUUUCAAAUAAGCGAAAAUGGAUUCAGCAAAAAAAAAAUCGAACUAACGAAAUUAAGUCGACCUUAACGUUUCCAGAACCUUAAUUAUUUUUUUCAAAAGUGAAUCGAUUCGGAAAAUUUUAGUACCAAUUUGGUAUCAUAUCGAGCCCCGUAGGACCAAAAGGAGCUUGGAAGAUUUUGUUUAGAACUUAAUUCAAGAGAUAAAUUUCAAUAUAUAAUCAAUGUUUCCUGACUUGAAAAGCGGAAUGAGUAGGCUGGCAAGGGCGACGCGGCUUUUUGGGGUGUUCAGGGUCAAACGCAAUCAUAGAAAAAAAUUUCGAAAAAGUUUUUAUUAAUUUUGUACUUUUAGUCGUUCAACUGAGUCUUUUGCAACCCAUGAAAAAUUACAAAUAUUGAAAAAGUGUCAAAAAGUUGCUUGUGUUUGACCUUGUGGUACCCGCCAAAAGCCGCUUCGCACACGCAACGCUUCACCCUUGCCAAUCUACCCAUUUCGCCUUUCGAGUCGGGAAAGGUUGACUAUAAUCAAUGGUAAUCUCAAAAACUAACAAACAGUAAGAGCCCUACAAAUCUCACUGAACAGGAUGAAAUUUAACUUAGCAAAAAAAAAAAAAAUUUCCAUUUUUCAGCGCUUGGAGUUGAGGCUCCAUGGCCAACGUCCGCCCAGAGCAGCCGAAGAGGACACAAACACAAAGGUUCGAUUUUUUUUUUCUGUAUGUCUUGAGAAUUUUGAAUCGAAAUUUUCACUAACGAUCUUAAUUAUCCAUCAAGGACCAAUAGAUUUACAGUAGGAAUGCUUCAAAAGAGAAUUGAAUGAAAUUCUUUUAGUUGUAAUGGAUUUUAAUGGCUCCGCAAAGUGCGCUUCAUGAACAGUCCCAGAGAAGAUUCGCUUCUAGAAUCUGCUUCGAAACAGGUUGAAGUCUGAAAAGACAACCAGGAAGUCGAAAAAUUGUGCUAAACGGUUAAUUUGUCCGGUUCUGAAUUUAUUGAAAUCGGAAACAUAAAAACUCACUGAAAACUUAAAAACCGAUUAGUACUUUGCUGGUUUUCAUAGGUGCAAAUAAAAGCUAGUGGCUCGAUAUUGGGAAAUCGUUUCAAUUUUUGCAAGAAUAUUUUAACAAAAACUGACAAUUUCUUCAGUAUUAAACGAAAUCGGUCUGAAAACGAACUGAGAAACAAAAACUCACUCUUCUAGGAGGCCAUGAUAGAGGAAGGAGGAGAUGAUGAAGUGGAACGCCGUCGUGUCGAAGAAGUCCAAGCGGAAAGCCCCCAGGUACACACACAAAGCGCCAGCGUCCCCAACUCGCCUUCGGUUAGCUCCAACUAGUAACUCUGAAAGACUUCAAUCGAUAAAAAGCGUUAAAAUGAGAAAAAACUUUUGCAAUUUUCGUUUCAAACCUUAAAGUUUUUGAAAAUCUACCAAUCCUGGUAAGUUGAGUACAAAUUUUUUUUUACUGAAUUUCAAAUUCUAUCAAGAUGACGUUUUUGCGAUUUUUGCUCCACUAAAUACUCUGUAAGACUUUGAUAUUCAAUAUAAAUGUUGCGAGCUUCGAGAUAAACCGAAAAUUUUUCUUCAAAAUACGACUUCUGAAAAAUCGGAUAGAUACGCAAAAAAAACAUUCCAAUGAACGGAACAAAGAAGAAAUUUAAUUUGCAGGAAACUCCUGAAUCGCCUUUUGUAUGUCAUGUCACGAUGCGGAAAAAAAAGCAAGGAGAAAGUCGGUCCGCGCCACCACCAAAGGUUUUUUUUCGAACGAUUUCCAACCUUCUUAUCAAAAGAAAAAAAUCUAACCCACGAUGUUUUUUUCCGUGAAAAUUUAUGAACUAUGCUUCAAUUCUAUGACUUCUAAAAUUUGAAUAGACUCCCAAAAAAAAGAUUCCAAUAAGCCAAACAAAGAAAAAAUUGAAUUAGCAGGAAACCGCUGAAUCGCCUUCUGUAUCUCAUGUCACGAUGCGCAAAAGAAAGCAAGGAGAGGGUCGGUCCGUGUCACCACCAAAGGUUAUUUUUGAACGAUUUCAAAACUUAUAAUCAAUAGAAAAUUCAAGCACGAGAUGUUUUUUCAGGAAAAAAAUUUAUAAACUGUUCUUCAAAAAAAUACGACUUUCAAAGUUUCGAAUAAGCUCACAAAAAGAUUCCAAUAAGCCGAACAAAGAAAAAAUUGAAUUUGCAGGAAACUCAUGAAUCGUCUCCGGUCUGUCAUGUCACGAUGCGAAAAAGAAAGCAAGGAGAGGGUCGGUCCGCGCUACCACCAAAGGUUAUUUUGAACGAUUUCAGAACUCAUAAUCAAAAAAUUUUCAAAUGAACUCUGGGCUCUUCAAUCAUGAAGGGCUCUUCAAAAAACGUCGCUUCCUUAUGUCCUUAUGCCGGAAAAACUUGAAUAUUGUGAAAGUAUUCUUGAAUCGGUCAACUUUUCUUAAGCGUUCAGGAAAUGCGUAUAUUAGCAUAAGCAUCCUUUCCCAAGCGAGAAAAGAACUAUUACGAAUGAUUCUAUUACCAUCUAAAAAAACUUUAUCGAUUAAAAGCUUAUACAGUCUGUGUGCCACGACUUGAAAUUUCUUCAAACGACGUUCCGCUGUUCCGCUGCGUGUGUUCGCGAAGCGUCUUUCAAAUCUAGGUCACGCUUUCAAUUGAUUGUUAGCGCUGUGGGAGCACACUAAAGUAGAAUACCUUAAUAAAAAGAAAAAAAGUUUGAAAGCGCGACCAAGGUUCGCAAAGGCUCGCAGCGGCACAGCGAAAUGUCGUUCGGUGAAAUUCCAAGUCGUGGUACACAGACUAUAAACUUUCGAAAAUCAUUGAGCAGAAUUUCGACUUGUUCAAAAGUAUUUUAUUGAACUGUUUUCAUAUGCAUUGAAAGAAAAUAAAUCCGCAUAGAAGAAAUUUGGCUUUCAUUUCUCCUCAGAUCUGGAAAAGGGGGAUUCCCCGCAGCCUAUGAAGUUCAUGAACUUCAAGGAAAUGAAAAGAAAUGAUUGAAGUUUAGAAGAGUCUCAUGGGACCCGCACAAUGGUCGGCCAAAAAACGAUCGGGAGAAGUUGACGCAGAAUCGGAGCCAGCUCCGAAGCUGACCGCAGAGGAUAACACAGUUGUAUGUAUUUUUUUUCCUACAGAAACUCAAAAUUACGGGGAAUUCUUAAUGAAAGAAACUUCAACAACUUGCAAAAAUCGAGAAAAUGAUGAAAGAGAAAAGAAAGAUGAAUGUAGAUAAAAACAAACCUUUCGCUGUUGACAGAAGGACCAGAAGGUUUCGUUGGCCGACCAAGUCGAAGAGCCGACACAAGACCAAGAGGAAGAGAGAUCAUCCGGAUCUUCAUCGAGCUCGUCAUCAGCGGUAAUUUUUCCUUUUCUGCUAUAGAAAUCAAUCAUUCACUUCACUCGGCUGUGAGGUAGGAGAUGUUCCCAUCGAUCAUUCGGAAAUAUUCCUCUAGAUCUUUUUAAAUCCUUCCUUUUCGUUCUCUUUUCAAGCAUUUCUAUCAUAAUCAAACCACACAAUGUAUAUAACUUUGAAGAUCUCAAUAUCAUUUUAAUAUAUAAAUUCGAAUGUAGAUAAAAAGCAAAACUUUUGCUGUUGACAGGAGGACCAGAAGGUUUCCCUGGCCGACCAAGUCGAAGAGCCGACACAAGACCAAGAGGAGGAGAUCUUCCGGAUCGUCAUCGAGCUCCUCAUCAGCGGUAAUUUUCCAUUUUCUGCUAUAGAAAUCAAUCAUUCACUUCACUCGGCUGUGAGGUAGGAGAUGUUCCCAUCGAUCAUUCGGAAAUAUUUUGUCUAGAUCUUUUUAAAUCCUUCCUGUUUGUUCUCUUUUCAAGCAUUUCUAUCGUAAUCAAACCACACAAUGUAUAUAACUUUGAAGAUCUCAAUAUCAUUUAAUAUAUCAAUUCGAAUGUAGAUAAAAGCAAAACUUUUGCUGUUGACAGGAGGACCAGAAGGUUUCCCUGGCCGACCAAGUCGAAGAGCCGACACAAGACCAAGAGGAGGAGAGAUCUUCCGGAUCGUCAUCGAGCUCCUCAUCAGCGGUAAUUUUCCAUUUUCUGCUAUAGAAAUCAAUCAUUCACUUCACUCGGCUGUGAGGUAGGAGAUGUUCCCAUCGAUCAUUCGGAAAUAUUUUGUCUAGAUCUUUUUAAAUCCUUCCUGUUUGUUCUCUUUUCAAGCAUUUCUAUCGUAAUCAAACCACACAAUGUAUAUAACUUUGAAGAUCUCAAUAUCAUUUAAUAUAUCAAUUCGAAUGUAGAUAAAAAGCAAAACUUUUUGCUGUUGACAGGAGGACCAGAAGGUUUCCCUGGCCGACCAAGUCGAAGAGCCGACACAAGACCAAGAGGAGGAGAGAUCUUCCGGAUCGUCAUCGAGCUCCUCAUCAGCGGUAAUUUUUCCAUUUUUCUGCUAUAGAAAUCAAUCAUUCACUUCACUCGGCUGUGAGGUAGGAGAUGUUCCCAUCGAUCAUUCGGAAAUAUUUUGUCUAGAUCUUUUUAAAUCCUUCCUGUUUGUUCUCUUUUCAAGCAUUUCUAUCGUAAUCAAACCACACAAUGUAUAUAACUUUGAAGAUCUCAAUAUCAUUUAAUAUAUCAAUUCGAAUGUAGAUAAAAAAAGCAAAAACUUUUUGCUGUUGACAGGAGGACCAGAAGGUUUCCCUGGCCGACCAAGUCGAAGAGCCGACACAAGACCAAGAGGAGGAGAGAUCUUCCGGAUCGUCAUCGAGCUCCUCAUCAGCGGUAAUUUUCCAUUUUCUGCUAUAGAAAUCAAUCAUUCACUUCACUCGGCUGUGAGGUAGGAGAUGUUCCCAUCGAUCAUUCGGAAAUAUUCCUCUAGAUCUUUUUAAAUCCUUCCUUUUUGUUCUCUUUUCAAGCAUUUCUAUCAUAAUCUAUCCACCCAACGAAUCAAUCCCGAAUAUUUCUGUAGGUCUCAAGUUUGUCCAACUUUUCUCAUUAUUUUUGAGUUGUUGGCAGGCUUGUGCGAGAGCCGGUCCGUCAGUUUAAUGAAUUUAGGCCAGUUUUUUGAAUUAGGCAAUAAAUUUAAUGAGGAGAAAAAAACUUGGUGAAAAUUAAUUUUUUUGAAGAUUUGAAAAAAAUUUUUGCCAUCCCUUUUCUGUGUCCUAUAGUCUGUUCAGAUUUUUGAAUGUCAAGUCGUCGCUCAAGCUCCGCCCAUAAUGGUGCGAUAAACCAAUCAGAGAGCGAGCCAUCCACAGAGUGUUUUUGAAUGACGUCAUUGCACUUGAAAUAAAAAAAUCUGAACAGACUAUAUGUACGAAAAAAAAAUAUCAGAAAAAGAAAAAUCGAAUCAAAUUGAGCUUCAAAAAGAGGGGGCUUUCUGAAUAUUUCUCUUUUUUUUUGUUGUAAAUAUUCAUUUAAGGAACCAUGGUCCGAAGAGUUACAGGACGUUUAUGAGUUGUUCGAAUUGGAAGCCAUGGAAGAGUUCGUUGAAGAGGUUAGUUUUGCGAAUCUUUUUCUUUCGUCUUUUGGCCUCACGAAAACUUGAACUUAUAGUAUGCGUUGGAAUUUCUUCGAGAUUUGAAAACUCGGAACAAAACAAUAAUUAUAGGCAAGAAACCCAAAGGUCUAGCCUGUCAAAAAAACUCGAAUAAGAUAGAAACUUCUUUCUUAUCAACUUUUAUUUAUCUUUUAAAAAAAAUGAAAAAAUCAACAGAAACCAAAAAGUUGAUUUCACUAGAAAAAAAUACCUUGCCAGAAUCACAAACCUUUCAUAUCUUUAUAUAGAUAGAAUUUCGGAAUUUUGAUAGAAUUCCGGAAAACGAAUUUUGGCGAGUUCUACUACUGUAAUUAAAGUUUUUAGUUAUUGUACAUUGAAAAAAAAACAAUAACCGCAUUAGUUCGAUGAAAAUUUACCUGUCUUCGCAAAUCCAAAGAGAAUUUUUGAAAAAAAGUUGCUUAAGACCGGCUCGUCCAAUUCGUCCGACUCGUUCUUCCUCACUCAACGCGACCGGGAACGUAUCGCCCUCGCUUAUGCCCGAGCCAACCUCGUCGAAGUCUCCGAUGACGAAGAUGAACCCGCAGAGGUUCCUCGCGCUGAAGACUCCGAAACCAUCGCCGCCGAAGACGCCCAAAUUGAUGCCGUGCAGACCUCCUCUCUUCAGGUUUCUUUCCCAGUUUCUCUUGCACUUGUCGUUUGGUUAAAACAUUAGAAAAAUAAUUUUCGGCCUGAAACUCAAAACUGAACAAAAUUUCUGUGAAGCUGGCGACGAAGAGUACUUCAAAGUUCUCAAAAGACUCGACUUUUAAAACUAUAAGCUUUACUCUUUGAUCAAAUUGGUGAUUGGGUUUCAUGCAGAAUAUUCCAGUGUUUUUAUACUUUAGAAUAUUUUAAUUUGAAGUAAAUAGAUGAGAUACACCCAAUUGGCGGUGAAUUAAAAAUUUUUGGGAUCUUUUUAAAAGUGAAACUUCAGAAGGCUCAAUUAAUGGAAAAUAUAAGGAGAAUUCAGGCAAGGAGACAAAUUGGGUUUCAUUUUAGAGAUCUCAGGUCUUUUUGAAAGGCUAAUGUUGGAAUUUAAGGGCGAAGAUGUGCCAGAAGCCGAAGAAAUGAGAGAUGAGAUGGAGGCUGUGGAAGAUGAGGCGGAGGAGAGAGAUGAGAAGGACGAAGAGGAGGUCGUCGAGGAGGAGAAGGCCGUUGACCAGGCCGGUCCAGCAGCCCAGCCCGCCGCAGCUCCUCAACAAGCUGCGGCUGGUGUUGCCGGCACUGGUCAAACCCAAAAACUGCCCGCCGGCCAGGUAACUAGCAAAUUUUGAAAAAAAAAAAAAUUAGGAGGCUUUCUUUCUCUAUAAAGCAUCCUUAACUUUUUUUAAAGCUGCUAAUCCCCGUCCUACUGACUUUUCUCAGUCCUUUUUCAAUGAGAUCGAAUUUUUCGCCGUUUUUUUUCGAAAAGAAAGAAUCUCAAUGUGCCUAAGUGUCCUAGACUUUGUGCCCUUUGUCUUUCAAAAAGUCGGCGUUUUGUGGAUUGCGAUCUUUUCUUAUGAGCUUGUUUCAGCGUCCCAGGCCCGUGGCUCAACGAGCCUCGAGACGGCUCAGGGGCUUGGACGUUGGCCAAGCCGUCCGCCGCGUGCCGCCAGCCCUAGCUGGUCUGUCUCCGGCCCAGCUCCUCCUCAAGAUCAGAGAGGAGUUGGAGGCCAAGCUACGGGACGGUGGCUCCGGCGACGAAGAGCUGCGGAAGGUUGGCCGACUCUCCUCGGCAAAGACGUCGCUCGAAGCGAUACAGAAGGGGCGCCACGUGACGGGCGUUCAGAUGGCCAGGAUCCUCCGGAAGAUCGAAGGAGGAUACUGA